AUGAUCAUCUGCUUGGGGCCGGUGUGCGUGCCUCUCUGGCCAGUGUUGUUUCUGGCCUUGAAGCCACUCUGGAAUUUGUUACCCGAGGGCGCGAAGGAGCGGCUACGAAGUUUCUGGGACACGUACCUGUAUCGACCUUUUUUCGAGCCAUUGUUGGACCGGCUGCCUCCGACAGUCCGCGGCUUUCUGUUCUACGGCAUGCCCUCAGCUUCUACGAAACCAGAUAAUAGCAAGGCAUCGGAGCAUCAGACGAUGAAAGGCUUCGUCGGCACUAAAGGCGAGGAUGCCAUGUAUGCGGCGGACGGAAGUGCAUCGGACCAUGGGUCAGACAGCACAAAUGCGACUUCCUCUAGCACCUGCAUUACCAGUAGAGAAGCGGCAUUGAAAUUGAUCACUUCGGGAAAGAUCGAUCGCGACAGUUCGGGAGUGUUUUAUCCUAGCGACGACUCCGAGUUCGAAACGCUCCAAGCAGCAGCCACUACGCUCCAGACACCACUUUUUGUCGACUUCACAGCGAGUUGGUGUGCGCCGUGUCAGAAGCUUAAGCCUAUCUUUCAAGAGCUGUCAUCCUCAGCGAAGAAGAAAGCAGCUUCAUCCGACGACCCUUCUGCACUUUUCUGCGUCGUCGACGUCGACGAAUUGGACGGGGUUGCGUUAGAGCAUGGCGUCUCAACUUUACCGUCCUUUCGAUGCUUUGGUGGCAAGGUCGAGAAACUCAGCAAGUCACCCACCCCUGACAUCUUGAAAGCGUUCGUGGCUGAUAAUAUAGACUAAUUAAGUGAAGACCACAUUGUUGGAUUGAGAUUCUGAGUGUGUCGAACCCUCUCCCGUCUCUACACAUGACAAUACCCUGGAGCCCUAGAAUGUUUCCCACCGUGACUCCCGAUUUUUCACAUGAUGACUCUUACGAAGUAGAAGAAAGAAUGACAUUAUUCGUUCAGCAGGAGCUUGCCUGCAGCAGUGUUUUGAGUCAAACUACCAGUUGGUACUAACG